AUGGGGAAUCUAGCUCAUUCUGCUGAUAUGCGUACCUCCGGGAUAGAGACUACAGUCCCUGGAAUGAUUGAGAGAGCCCUCACUGCUACUCUGACACCUCUUAGUGUGUCUAUUAAUGACCUCGCGAUAAGGAUAUAUGUGUGUAUGAGAGGCCAUGUGGCCACUCAUGAGGUGACAGCCUUAAAGACCGUUAUUGCUGAGUUGAGAAAGGAUGUGGACCAGCUGAAGUUCACGGAUAUGUCAAUGAUUUUUGGGACCAUGGAGAUCCCUGAUAUGCCAUGUGAUUCUAAUGUUCCUCCGGCUACCGCCAGAGAUGAGGUUCAAGUUCAUGAGUUGGCUGCUGCCGAGUCUGAGGCAGAGACUGAUGAGAAGUAG